AGUUGGAGGGCGGACGUUUGAUGGUAGAUGCGCCUCUGUGAGUCUUACUACGGCUGGAAGAAUCUGUCCAACUCCUGAGGGAUCUGGUGAAGAAUGGAGUGGUAUGUCCUGGUGCUGAUGCUGAGCUUGCCGCCCUCCAUCCACGCAGAUUGCUCCUCGCAGUGCGAGAAAUGCGUGCAGCAGAUCCUCGGCCCCGACGCCGCCUUCAGCAGCCUGUCGUGCAACACCGAGUGUGAGGGGCAGCUGGAGAGCUGCGACCGGGUUUCGGGGCUGGCGGACUUCAGCCAGGACGAAGCUGCGGCGGAGGAGGAGAGCCAGCAGGCGGACCUGGUCAAGCGCUACGGCGGCUUCAUCAAGAGGAUCGACAAGAACAAGAACAAAAUCUUCGCCUCUCCGUGGCGCGACAACUACGUCCUGAAGGCCGGGGCGCUGCCCAAGAAGUAUGAGGACUUGCUGAAGAGGCUGGAGGAGAGGGACGCGGACGCGCCGCCGGACUCAGACGACGCCGCGGAGGACCGGCUCCGCAGUUACGUGAAGCGUUACGGCGGCUUUUUACGCAAAUUCGGUCCUAAAUCAAAGAGGAUUAGCUCCGCGGAGACGGAGAGCCAAGAGCCCGAGGAGCUGCAGAAGCGCUACGGGGGCUUCAUGAGGCGGAUCCGACCAAAGUUGAACAACCUGAAGUGGGACAAGCGUUACGGAGGAUUUCUGCGCCGCCACUUCAAAAUCUCUGUGCGCUCGGCCGAGGAGCCGUAUUACUACGAUGACUUGAGCCUAUAGAUGAACUCUGCAGGGGGUGAAAAUAAAGAAAAACUACGAAGAACUUGUGCAGGUUCACUUGAAAUGACACCAUUUAACCAGAAAGUAUCAUAUGCCUGCCUAUAUUACAGCCAGCUCGGUUGCCUUCUGUGUAAAAAUAAUUAUCAUCUCUGUGUUGUUGGCAUCAUCGUCUGUCAUUCAAUAAAUGAUGCUUGUUUAAUAAAAACAUGAAUAAAACCACUUUCCUGUUUGC